AUGCUGUCCUCUUCGUUACGCCGGGCUGCAUGGGCUCCUAUUGCUCCCAUCACCGGCAUUGCUCGCUCGUCCAGUCAAGCUCUUCCAGCUUCCUCUAAUACACUCUUAGGCGCGGCACAGCAUGUCCGUCAACGCCGUUACUCCUCAUCUUCUUCUUCGAAGCCCAGCGACGGUUCCAGAAAAGUCGACGCUUCUUCUCAGACCCCCGCAAAGGGCGUGAAUGCAAGCGAAAAGCGCGAGGGUAAGGCAUCCAGGCGAAGGGGAAAAGAUAGCAGUGGCCGGAAUGGUUCCAAGUCGAACCAGCAUACGGUCUUCUCAAGACUGCCUAGCGUUCCCUCCACCCAACACCUUCAACCCCAUGAUGUUCAUGUAGCUUCAUUCUUUUCUAUCCACCGACCUAUCUCCGUUUCGACCACUGUUCCUCCUCCUUCUAGCCCUGAAGCAUUUGAUGCCAUAUUCACCGCGAAGAAACCCACGAAACAUGAAUCGAAUGAUGUGAUUCUCACUCUAUCUUCUACCGUCAACUCUAUGGAGAAUCCUGCCUAUCAUCUAGGCGAACAAGAGGGCUCUCUGAACCACUUCGAUAUGGAGGGUAACCAGCUCGACGGAAUGAACAUGGCAGAGCUGAAGGUUUCCGUGGAGGAGCUCACAAGGCGACUUCGUCCAUUCCACCCCCCGCCGCCACCGGUUCCCUUCGAUGAAGCGAAAGAUGCCGGUGCUGUGGAGUCGGAAAACUUCUCUCCCCGCGAAACCAGUUACUCCACCGUUUUGACCAUCCACGAGUCCACACAUGCGGACGGUCGCAAGACGUACGAAGCCCAUACGGGUCCUUUCGUUCGCACUCCUGAUAUGGACGCUCCUGGCGCCGGUGAGAAUGAAGCCAUCAUCGACGGACCCUCCCAGCCCGGAACCACCUAUAUUGAGCGCCUGCGCAAUAACCGUACCAUGCAAGCGAUCAGCACCAAGAGACGGCGUAAGCUGAAGAUGAAGAAGCACAAGUACAAGAAGCUUUUGCGGAACACGAGAACCUUGCGUCGCAAGCUUGACAAGGCUUAA